AUGAUUCUUGUGUGCAGGCCUCAAAAGUUUUCCAUCAUUGGUCGUCAUCGAGAUCGUGUGUUGAGUGUGAGAUUCGUCCACACUCGACGAUGGUGCUGUGGACUGUUGGCUGGCAUCCUGUUAGGUGCCAUAUUUGCACUACUUAUUAUUGAUCAUCUUGAUGGUUAUCAUGACCCAAGUAGUUUGCUUGGAUUCAGUCCAAGGGAAGUGAGACUCGUAGGGCGCUUGAGGGAAAGUGAGCAGCAGGUGCAGCUGCUGCGCAAGCAUCUCUUGGUCUCUCAGUCUGAGCUUUUAAAUGCAUGGAGCACAUCUGCAAGGGAGCAACAAGACGAUGAUGUGAGUGCUGCAGUCUUGGAAGAAGCUUCUUCUUUUGAUGUGACGAGUGAUACAUUGAGAACCAAACUUCAUCCUAAUGGAGGCAAAGGAAGAAGAAGAAAUAAUUUGGAUGCCCUGGGUGUCCCUUGCAAAGAUAAUAAAGGAAUUGUAAGCAAGUGCAAAGUCCUUCACAUAGCAAUUGUGUGUGCUGGAUACAACUCAUCACGCUCAGUGGUGACUCUGCUGAAAAGUGUGCUCUUCUUCCGCCGAAAUCCCCUGCACUUUCACUUCAUUGUUGACGAUAAAGCACGUGUUGUGCUGCACACUCUGCUAUCAUCCUGGAAUAUUCCUCACGUGUCAGUGAGUUUCCACGACAUCGUCCCCCUAACGGACCUCAUAUCCUGGGUACCCAACAAGCACUACUCUGCGCUGUAUGGCCUUGUUAAGCUCACUCUCAACAAAGCUUUGCCGCGGUCCCUGGAUAAGGUCAUUGUUCUUGAUACGGACAUCACUGUUGCCACGGAUAUUGCUCAACUUUGGAGCUACUUUGCCAAGCUCAAGCCGCAACAGCUGUUUGGUCUGGGGGAGAAUCAGAGCGACUGGUAUCUUGGCAAGCUGUGGAAGUCACACCGACCAUGGCCUGCUGUUGGAAGAGGGUACAACACUGGCGUGAUGCUGGUGCGGCUAGGGGCGCUGCGGGCCAGCAACUGGACGCAGAUGUGGCGGCUGGCAGCGGAGCGUCACCUCACUACGCUGCUCGCCACGCAGCUUGCUGACCAGGAUAUUAUCAACGCCGUAAUCAAGGAGCAUCCUGAAAUAGCGUACAAGUUGCCGUGCCAGUGGAACGUUCAGCUGUCGGACAACACGCGCUCGGAGACCUGCUAUCUCGAGGUCGCCGAUAUCAAAGCUAUCCACUGGAACUCUCCGCAGAAGCUCAAAGUUCGCAACAAACACAUCGAGUUUUUCCGGAGCCUGCAUCUGACCUUCCUCGAGUAUGACGGCAACCUCUUGAGGCGGGAGCUAUUCGGCUGCAACGCCACCGCCGGCAAGGCCUCACAAUUGCAAGUUCAGCUGAGCGAAGACGACGACGAAUGCUACGAGUUUCACCGCGCACGCCGCACCAACUAUCGCACGCAUAUCUUCUUCGUUGCGCCGCGUACGCCUGAUCCGGCAGCGCUGCCUCCUGCGUCGUCUCGACGGAGUCAUGGCGGCAGUGAUGGCCGUGCUCGCGAAGAUGCAGGGCACGGCCGUGGCAUGAUAAAUGGUUUCGGGGACCUCGAUGGUAACGUUGGACGUGGCAUCGGCGACGACGACGGUAAAGAUCGACGUGACAGUAGCAUUCACGACGGCAAAGAUGGCCUUGACAUCGGCGACCACGACAGCCAGGAUGAGCAUGGCGGCGGUGAAGGAGAAAAUGAUGCGCCACAGCAGACUGUGGACGUGACGCUCGUGGCGACUUUGUCCAUGGAUAGACUGCAGAUGGUAGAGCAGCUGCUGAUGCAUUGGGCUGGUCCCGCGAGCCUGACGCUGUAUUUAUCAGACGCGGAGGCGCAGCAGUUCCUGGCCUACACUCAGACUUCGGAAAUUAUCGCUGGGCGCUCCAACGUCGCAUACCACGUCGUCUAUAAAGAAGGAAACUUCUACCCGGUGAACUUCCUCCGGAACGUGGCAAUGCAGCAGGUGGAGACGCCCUUUGUGUUCCUCACCGACAUCGACUUCCUGCCCAUGUUUGAUCUGCACGCACACCUCGGCCGUUCCCUGGCCGCUCUACAGGCCACGCAAGGCUUCCACAAAACGGCAUACGUAGUGCCGGCUUUUGAGACGCAACGCUACCGCCUCACCUUCCCCCGUAGUAAAGCCGAACUACUCCACGGACUGGAUAUGGGGGAGCUCUUCACCUUCAGGUACCACAUCUGGACCAAAGGUCACGCGCCUACCAACUUCGCCAAGUGGAGAACCGCCACAACGCCGUACCGGGUACAAUGGGAAGAGGACUUCGAGCCGUACAUCGUAGUGCACAAGGACGUUCCACUGUACGACACUCGCUUCGUGGGAUUUGGUUGGAAUAAAGUGUCCCACAUCAUGGAGUUGCACGUGCUGGGCUACGAGUUCCUGGUGUUGCCCAACGCCUUCAUAAUCCACACUCCGCACGCGCCCAGCUUCGACAUCGCCAAGUUCAGGACCUCACCUCAGUACAAGUUCUGCGUGAAGGUGCUUAAGAAGGAGUUCAUGGAGAGCUUGAGCCGCAAGUAUGGCAACGCCGAGUCCUGAAUACAAUUUUGCUGUUUCUUUUGAUAAGAUGGUAAUCAUGCAAUAGACGGCAGCAAAUGGCUACAAUUAAACUUUUAUAUAUGGUUUAAUUUACAUGCAUUUCCGAUGUUCUAUUCAAUUUUUAGGCUCAAACAAUGUUGAGAUUAUGGUUAGUCUGCAUACGAUCCACUUCCGCCGUUGCUAAUAUUUUUGCAAGAGAAAAAUAUUUCCUUACGGCUUACACAUGAGACAUUCAGCAUCGAAGUUGAUCAUCACAUGCAACUGUUAUCAUAUAUUUGACUUGAUAUUAUAUGUACUUCGUGCAGUUACUGUCUAUUUAGAAUUUAUUUUGAACAAAUUAGUGAUAAGCUUGUAUCUGAUACACCUGUUAAGAGUGAUGUGGAAUAUUGCAAAGUUUCUUCUACGGCCUCUGUUGUGUUUUAGCCGAGCUACGAUCCUAAAGUAUAUCCGGGGGGGGGGGAUGUGCAUUUUUAUUAGUUGUUUACUCUCUAAUUAGUGUUAUCACAAAAAUACUUGUAUCUCACAAUGAAUUAAAUACUCGAUGCUGGUGUGUGCAAUUGGACUGAAGCUUUCAGUACAAGGUCUGUGUUGAAAGUAAUAUUAUUGUAUUUUAAUUUAUUCAAGUUAUCGAAGGAAACAAUAAUGUUUGGAACCAGCGAAUUGGUGCGCCCCAGAGGGGAUCUCUGGGCCCACGGGCUGGUGAAAUCCCUGAGCGUUCAAACUAUUAAAAAGUGUAAAAAUGUUUUUAAUUGUACGUAUUUUAGCACGUUUUAUUUUAUUUGUUUCCUGAUAAUUAUUGAGGAAGUUCUUAUUCAGAGUCGAAUGCUGCAGGUCAUCAGUAUGGUUGUUUGCCCUGCCAGCCUGUUACGGAAUAACUUACCCUGAUCGUAUGUGUGUCUUUGUAAAGUGUUGAGAGUUCAGCAAAAAUUUGUCAUUACCUGCUGCAACAGAAGAAAUCAAUAAAGAGACGUUAAUCCUUGCUCGGAUUUUUAUUUUUAAAUUUGUUUUCUCAUUUAUUUAUACUUUAUAAUUAUUUUUUUUGUGAUUUCUAUACGCCCCAAAGCGAGUUACGAGCGCAUCAAUAGUACAUGACUAUUUACAUUGCAGUUAGUAUGAAUAUGUCCUUCUGUGUAUACACAUAUGUAAUUUGAACCAAUAUUGCUGAUGCGUCAAUAAUUGCUUCUGGUCAAUUUUGACGAACAUUUCAUAGAAUAACAUUGUUUACCCCGGGGUGUAAGUAUCGUCAUUAUAAUUUAUUGAAUCUCCAUAUAUUUUCUAGAUAUAUGUAAUUUAUAUUGUUUUAUUCCUAUCAAUGUGUACCCUUUACAUUUCAUUUCUAGAACUAUUAUUACUCACACACCGCACACAUUAUGACUGUUGCUUUCUUCUUAUGAAUCCGUGCUGUUUUUUCAUCUUCACUUGUGACGCCUCUGGGCUUCCUUGCAAUUUGACGUUUUUUCUUCCUGAAGUAAAUUAUGACUUUAA